GGUCUGGGCAUGUUCCAUUGCCCAACGUGGUAGUAGGGGUAUCUGCUCCUGGAAGUGCUGUCCUCUGUCACCUGGGCACGCCCCACCUCUGCAAUGGCAUUAGAAAGCACUGGGCACACUGGGCCAUCAGUGUGGGUGUGUUUCAUGCUCUGCCCCCAGCCCAGUGCUAGGACAUGCUGGUCCUGGUGCAGGCGCUGCUGGCAGAAGCCGGACGCAGCCUGGAGGAAGCUGUUAAAGGCAAUGGUUCUGACUCUCUUGGAAAUGCUGUGGGGCUGGCCUGGCAUUAGAAGGAGGCUGGAUGCUUUGCAGGCAAGGCCUUGACCUGCACUUCUUAUCCCCAGUGUGAGCCGUGGACAGGGGCAGGACCAGGUAUAUCAAAUUGAAAAUAAGGAGGCCUUUAGGACCCAGAAACCUUGAUGAUCUCCAAGCUGCCGGCUGCCUCUCACCCUUCACUGCAGUGGCUCUGUGCAUCAUCUCCAGUGGAGGAGCAUCAGCUGAGAGGUCCCCAGUACUCUGGCAAGCUGCACAGGGAAAGGUAUCUGGAGUGUCUCGGUCGAUGGGAGAAACGCACAGAGCCAAGUCCAGUCUCCUGACUGAAACCUCAAGGAGCUGGGGCGGAACCGGAGCUGGGCACCUGAGCUCUGGCCACCAGGGACUCCAGGAUCCAUUUUAAUGGAGGGGCGAGGACCUGAGCUGGGCGGAGGCAGCCCUUCAGAGGGUCAUGCUGGAAGCCAGUUCAGCAGCACCAGGGCGAAGGAAUGAGCAGGGCCAGGCUGGAUUCCUCUCUGCUCACCUAGCCUGGCUCUCUUCCCUUCUGCCCCUGGCCAGGGCCUACUGGCAGGAUGCUGGGGCUCGCUGCGCAGGUGGAAAGCACAGGGUGCCCUCCUCCCCAGGUGCUGCUUUCAGCAGAUCCAUUAACCACUACUUCACCUGUGGGGGAGUUUUCCAUCCGAUCAAUUCCGUGUUUAGGAAUCAAAAUUUAGGGCGAGAUCUUCAGCCUUAGUUCCACUGGAGUCUAUGGAGCAAAGCCAAUGAUCACCAGCUGAGGAUCUGGUGCUAAGCUUUGCUGGGGAAAAGCGAGCAGCAAGAUGAGAUCCCAAGAGGGCUGAAAACAGGUGGGAGACCCUUAGCCAGCGCACAGCCUCACCUGCAAUCCCAUGGCCUUUCUGGACCAGCGGGCAUCACUGACCCAAGCACAAUCCAGCAGGACAGAGACAAGGGUGCGAAAUUCAGUGCAGCUGAGCAGCAGGAUGGCCAGUGUAACCCAGCGGCAUCGGGAAGUGUAAAUGCCCUUGGAGCAUGGACAUGUCCUCUGGGACUUGGCAGCUGGUGAAGGAGACAGCCAGAAUGUGAGUCUGUGGACUGGGAUUGCUCCCUCUCCGCUGGCUAAUUCUCUCUGAUUACUCUAGGGGACCCAGAAUAGGAUGGAUGAUGGACCUGUGAGGGGAGGUGCCGUGGGCGUCGACACCAGUCUCCAUGGAGCCUUCACUCCCUACACAGUGGGUGUGGAAUUCCUCCAGGCCGGGAAGACUGCUCCAUACGUCCCAGAGCACCAUGCAUCCCAAUUCCACCCUGGACACCAAGACCAGGGACGUGGCCUCAGAAUCCAUUGGGCUCUUCUUCAUGCUCUUGAUUGACCUGACGGCCAUCGUGGGCAAUGUGGCUGUGAUGACCGUCAUCAUCAAGACACCAGCACUGAGGAAGUUUGUCUUUGUUUUCCACCUCUGUCUGGUGGACCUCUUGGCAGCCCUGACCCUCAUGCCUUUGGCCAUACUGUCAAGCUCCGCCUUCUUCAACAGCACCAUCUUCGGCGAGGCCAUGUGCCGUGUCUACCUCUUCCUGAGCGUCUGCUUCAUCAGCAUGUGCAUCCUCUCCAUCUCGGCCAUUAACGUGGAGCGCUACUACUAUGUGGUGCACCCCAUGCGCUAUGAGGUCAAGAUGACCGUUGGCCUGGUGGUCUGUGUCCUGGUGGGGGUGUGGAUCAAGGCGGUGGUCAUGUCCGUCAUCCCUGUCCUGGGCUGGCUCUCCCUGGAUCGUUUCAGUGCCUCCCCAGCCUACAGCGGCCGGAGCUGCUCACUGCAGUGGAGCCAGAGCUCCUACUGCAAGUUCUUCGUGGUUUUCUUUGCCAUCUUCUACUUCCUCCUGCCCGUCCUGAUCAUCCUAGUGGUCUACUGUAGCAUGUUCAAGGUGGCCAGGGUGGCUGCCCUGCACCAUGGCCCACUCCCCACCUGGAUGGAUACGCCACGGCAGCGAUCAGAAUCCCUCAGUAGCAGGUCCACCAUGGUGACCAACUCGGGUGCCCCUCGGACUACCCCUCAGAGGACGUUUGGGGGUGGGAAGGCUGCUAUCAUUCUCCUAGCAGUUGGAGGGCAGUUCCUCUUCUGCUGGAUGCCCUAUUUCUCCUUCCAUCUCUAUUCGGCGCUGAGCUCUCAGUCCUUCCCUGGCCGGCAGGUGGAGAGUGUAGUCACCUGGAUUGGCUACUUUUGCUUCACUUCCAACCCUUUCUUCUACGGGUGCCUCAACCGGCAGAUCCGUGGGGAGCUCAGCAGGCACCUCACCUGCUUCUUCAAGCAGCCGCCAGAAGAGGACCUCCGGCUGCCCAGCCGCGAAGGAUCCAUCGAGGAGAACUUCUUGCAGUUCCUGCAGGGGACUGGCUGCAACACAGAGAGCAGGAAUGUUCUUGCCCACCCCUCUCCCAAAAGGGAGCCGCCCAGCAUCGAUUUCCGAAUCCCCGGGCAGAUUGCGGAGGAGACCUCGGAGUUCCUUGACCAGCACAUCACAGUCUCCGACAGCUACAUCCGGGCCGUGCCCAAGCCCGAGCCGUAGCAGACCUUUGCACUUGACAACCUAGUCUUUCUGAUGUGUGGAAUAAUGUGGAACCCAGCUGUUGACAGGGCAUGAUUUCCUAAUAAACACAACCGUGGCAA